AUUGUGAGAGAGUUCAGUCAAAUUAAGGCAUUCGCGGAAGAGUCAAAAGGCUGACAUGGAAGUUGGACUGUCGUUGGAACUCCCCUCCCCAAAAACCCGCUCACCAACCCCGCUGGGCUUGUAUUUGCUUCCCACGAUGUCUGGGAAUUGAAGCAAAGAAGGGGAAAAUAAGUUAAUUCCUCACUUUCCUCUGGAGUCUGGAUCGAGGUUUCUUCUUGUUCUAGGUUUGAACUUUGAAGGGGAAGAAAAAGGGCAUCCAAUGCAACAAGAGAAUGGCGAGCACCAACAGCUGCGCGGUACAAGGAGGAUGCCCCACCGAUUAUGUAGCCAUAGCCAUUGCCAUACUCUCUAUGAUGCUGCUUCUUUCGAGGUCGGUGUUUCCCUGCUUGGUCCACAAGGUUCCAAGAACCAACGGUAGUGGUUUCUGGUUCCCGGUAUUUCAAGUUUUUGGCAGCUUCAACCUUUUGCUAUCUCUAGUGCUGUCAAUCAACUUCCUGAAAUUAGAAAAGAAGCAUUGGUGGACAUCCUGCUAUAUCUGGGCAGUGUGGUUCGAAGGUCCCCUAGGAUUUGGUUUGUUGCUAAGCUGUCGUAUUGCACAGGCAUUUCAACUGUACUUCAUAUUUGUCAAGAGACGAUUACCACCAAUAAGAUCCUAUGUGUUUCUGCCGUUGGCUCUCUCGCCAUGGAUUGCUGGAGCUGCAUUUAUCCAUGCAAAGAAGGCAAUGAAUCACCGUUGCCACAUGGGGACACGGUGGAUAGUCCCAGUUACGUGCCUUCACACGCUCUAUGUUGUUGCCUUAGUUGGAUGCACCAGGUCGAUUCGGCAUAUCGAGUUCAAGUUUGAUGAACUCAAGGACCUUUGGCAGGGGAUACUUGUUUCUUCAUCAUCCAUAGGAGUUUGGGUCGUUGCGUAUAUAUUGAAUGAAGUCCAUGAUGAUGUUGCGUGGCUCCAAGUUCUGUCAAGAUUUUUGCUUCUGGUUACGGUCAGUUAUUUUCAGCUGUAUGAUCCUUCACAGGCAAGUGUUCUUGUGUUGGCUUUCUUCUCCAUGUCAAGUUCUCAGCCUUUGCUCGCUCAAAUCAGCUUGAGGAGAAGGGAACCUUCAGAAUUUCGAUCAAUGGGUCAAGCGUUGGGAAUACCUGAUAGUGGGCUUCUUUUUCAACGAGAUCCAGCUCCAGGCGUUGACUCUUCCGACCCACUAGAUAAGCUUCUUCUCAACCGAAGAUUCCGCCAAUCAUUUAUGGCGUUUGCUGACAGUUGUUUAGCUGGGGAAAGUGUGCAUUUCUACAAUGAAGUCUAUGAACUCGGUAAAAUUCCUACUGAUGAUCCUGUACGAAGCAUUUACAUGGCACGCCACAUUAUCGAGAAGUAUGUAGUUGCAGGUGCACCGAUGGAGGUAAACAUUUCUUAUCGAGCGCGGCAAGACAUAUUGACGACGACCAACUUGGCAGACCCUGAUCUCUUCAGCGCUGCACUGAAUGAAGUGAUGCAGCUCAUGAAAACGAAUCUUGCAAAAGAUUACUGGUCAUCCAUGUACUAUCUCAAGUUGAAAGAGGAAGCAAGUGCUUGGUCCAGUUGCAUCGAAGUUGAAGGAAUAGGUGUUGGCGGUAACUUCUCCCCUCGACUGAGCUCAGUUCAUGGUGCUGCUGAUGAUCCUUUCCACCACGACCAGUAUGUAAAACCUGGCUCUAUCUGUAAUACUCUAGAGCGAUCAUCAGAUACAUAAAUGGUGGGAAAUCAUUACAGUUUUUACUCUGCAGUUUGUACAGCCUUAUUGUAACACCUAGCAGGCUUUUAUGAAUCACAUACGGUUCUUCUUAAACCAGA